AUGGCUAUCAACGACUUUGAGGUUGCAGAGAUGGGUAUGCCAUGUACUCGGGAGUCAAAUGGUACCCAAAUCCUCAUCGUCUCUGCAAUGUUCCCCUUGGCAAAAUCGAAGCAUUCCAAGGAAGACUAUGCUAUUUGGCUAAAAAACUUUUUGACGCCUAUCACUACCGACAUCUACAUGUACACGACGCCUGACCUUGUGGAGACGGUCAAAGAAUUCCGGGGGGACCUUCCUAUCACCAUAAAUUCCGCAUAUUCCUCGCCAUUUGACAUACCGCCAUUGCAAGGCCGGGAAAGGGUGUACGCCAGGAUGAAUGAGAUUGACCAAGAGAAGUGGCACCACUCUCCAGAGCUGUACGCUAUCUGGAACGCGAAACCUUUUCUUUUAAACUCGGCAGUGCAGGCAUUGAAAGAGAAGGGCAAGGUUUACGAUUAUGCCUUCUGGAAUGACGGCGGAAGCUUCAGAGCCAAUCACCGCUAUACUCACUGGCCGGAUCCGGAUAGAGUACAGCAGGUUUGGGAGGAAGGCAGUAAAUUGACAGGGACGAAGAAAGAGGACUUGUUAUUCUUUCCCAUAUUUGAAACUAUGUCCGAAAAUGUCAGGGAUUGGCAAGAGGGCAUGGGUCCAAUUGCGAACCCGGGAGGACAGGUGAGCGAAGGCUCGUUCUUCGGUGGCAGCCCAUCAACGAUCGCAUGGUUCUCUAAAACGUUCUACGCAUACCACGAUUAUUACAUAUCGCAAUGGAUGUUCGUGGGGAUAGACCAGGACGUAUUCAACUCACUAUUCCUGCUAUUCCCUGAGAGGAUAUUUACGAUCUGGGUGAAGGAUCAAAAGGCACCCAAAUCUCCUGUUCAUCAUGGAAUGGCCCCAAGCAAAGUUAUACCUGGCCUGCAUCUAGGCUAUUACAGCGGUGAAUGCGGCGAUCCAUGGUUUUAUUAUCAGUUCUGGUUAUCUGACAGAAGAACGCGAGAUGAGAUGCGCAUGAUUUGGAUAGAAGAAGCUCAAUGGAAGAGAUUGCGAUGGUGGACAGAAAGGAGGUUGUGCCAGAUGACAAAACCUAGGUCGAUGAUGGAUAUACUAAAAUCCUCCUUUGGUGCGGACUGGAAUCCGCCACAAAGAAAUGUUGAUAUUCCGCGUUUAUUUCAAUGA